AUGCUGACCAGAACUUUCUACUCUUCGACUUUGUUUUCUGCCCUGGCUGCGGCAGCCCCAACACCACAGGUACCUGGGUACACGAACGCGGAUGCUUCCGGUCUUUCAAACCAGCUACCCACAGGUCCUGUAGCAACAGUCUUCGGUCCCGAUUCUCAAGUUUCUGCAAUCGAGAUUUCGGUAGCAUCCGCUCCUCCUCGAAAGAGUAGUGAUGUCACUGGCGUAACCAGCCACGGGCCCUUCUCAGGCACUCCGACGACUUCUGGCGCAGUAAUGGCAAACGCCACUUUAGCACAGUCAAUAGCACCAUUACCUCCCAACCCAACUGCAACCUAUUACAACGUUAAUGGGACUCUGCUUAAUCCUGCGCCAGCUCCGUACACGCCUGCUGGUGGUCUUGGUACCAAUGGCACUGAGCCUCGAUACAUGGUUAACAGUGACUUUGAUUUCGAAUCUAUUGCACUUGGCCUGUACCAAGAAUGGAUUGAACUCGAUCUCUUCAACAAUGGUCUCGCUAUUUUCUCAGAUGAGGACUUCCUUGCCGAAGGCCUUACCGCCGAGGAUCGCACCUACAUUGCGUUCAUGGCCAUCCAAGAAACCGGCCACGCAACUCUCCUUAGCAACAUGCUUGGCGAAGCAGCGCCCGUCCAAUGCACGUACAAUUACCCCUACCGGACUGUCCGCGAGUUCAUCGAUUUCAACCAAAAGCUAACCCGCUGGGGGGAAUCCGGAGUCUGGGGUUUCAUUAACCACCUCGACGCCCGUGAGGUCGGACAAAUGCUGUCACAAUCCAUCGCCACAGAAGCUCGCCAGCAAAUGUCUUUCCGCCAAAUGCUCGGCCUCCACCCCCAGCCCGUGUGGUUUGAGACCGGUAUUCCGCAGUCUUGGGCUUGGACGUAUCUCGCACCGUAUAUUAGCUCAUGCCCAGAAAGCCAGACGAGACUCGCAUGGCAGAAUUUCCCCGUGCUGCACAUAGUGAACCAGCCGAACCCAAACCGGCUUUCGCCAAACGAUACGAAGCCGUAUGAAGUUUCUGGAAACCGCACCGCGGAUCCUAGCGACAGCCUCAUCCCAAGCGACGAAUCCUGCCUCAACCUAAACGUCACGGGCUACAACUGUGGACCAGGCAUCACACGUAACCGUUCUGAACCUCUCUCCUUCCCCGGCAAGCAAGUAAACCUAACUUGGGACGCCCCGGGUCAGUAUGUGGGCCCGAACAAUUCCUACGUUACAUCUACCUCGGCGGGUAGUCCGCAGUUCGUGGCUUGGGUCUCGCAACUCAACCUUACGUACACACCGUUGAUAGUGACGGGCGUUAAUGCAGGCUUCACGUAUCAGCCAGCCAGUGCGGUGUAUGAAGGAGAUCCUGCGGUUAAUGGGACAAUGUUCGUGGCGUUGACGGACGCGGACUUGCUUUUGACGCCCUUUAAUUUGAGUAUGAUAAAUCCGCAUGUUGUGGCUUUGGGGCUGUAUCAAGCAGGUUAG